AUGGCGCCUUCCUGGGGCCCUGGUGUGGCGUCUGUGAUUGGUACCGUGGGCCUCCUUGUGGUCUUGCUGGGCGGAGGCUGCGCGGCAGAAGAGCCCCCCAGGUUCAUCAAAGAGCCCAAAGACCAGAUCGGCGUGUCGGGAGGCGUGGCGUCCUUCGUGUGUCAGGCCACGGGGGACCCCAAGCCCCGGGUGACCUGGAACAAGAAGGGGAAAAAGGUCAACUCGCAGCGCUUUGAGACGAUCGAGUUUGACGGGAGCGCGGGGGCCGUGCUGCGGAUCCAGCCGCUGCGGACGCCGCGGGAUGAGAACGUGUAUGAGUGCGUGGCCCAGAACUCCGUGGGGGAGAUCACGGUGCACGCCAAGCUCACCGUCCUCCGAGAGGACCAGCUGCCUCCUGGUUUCCCCAACAUCGACAUGGGCCCCCAGCUGAAGGUGGUGGAGCGGACGCGGACGGCUACGAUGCUGUGCGCUGCCAGCGGCAACCCUGACCCCGAGAUCACCUGGUUCAAGGACUUCCUGCCCGUGGACCCCAGUGCCAGCAACGGGCGCAUCAAGCAGCUGAGAUCAGGGGCUCUGCAGAUCGAGAGCAGCGAGGAGACCGACCAGGGCAAAUACGAGUGCGUGGCCACCAACAGCGCCGGCGUGCGCUACUCCUCGCCCGCCAACCUCUACGUGCGAGUCCGCCGCGUGGCUCCUCGGUUCUCCAUCUUGCCCAUGAGCCACGAGAUCAUGCCAGGGGGCAACGUGAACAUCACCUGCGUAGCCGUGGGCUCGCCCAUGCCCUACGUCAAGUGGAUGCAGGGGGCCGAGGACCUGACCCCCGAAGAUGACAUGCCCGUGGGCCGGAACGUGCUGGAGCUCACCGACGUCAAGGACUCUGCCAACUACACCUGCGUAGCCAUGUCCAGCCUGGGCGUCAUCGAGGCUGUGGCCCAGAUCACAGUGAAAUCUCUCCCCAGAGCCCCCGGGACGCCGGUGGUGACCGAGAACACGGCGACGAGCAUCACCAUCACGUGGGACUCGGGGAACCCGGACCCCGUGUCCUACUACGUCAUCGAGUACAAAUCCAAGAGCCAGGACGGGCCGUACCAGAUCAAAGAGGACAUCACCACGACACGCUACAGCAUCGGGGGCCUGAGCCCCAACUCCGAGUACGAGAUCUGGGUGUCGGCUGUCAACUCCAUCGGCCAGGGCCCGCCCAGCGAGGCGGUAGUCACCCGCACGGGCGAGCAGGCCCCAGCCAGCGCCCCGCGCAACGUGCAGGCCCGCAUGCUGAGCGCCACCACCAUGAUCAUCCAGUGGGAGGAGCCCGUGGAGCCCAACGGCCUGAUCCGGGGCUACCGCAUCUACUACACCAUGGAGCCCGAGCACCCCGUGGGCAACUGGCAGAAGCACAACGUGGACGACAGCCUGCUGACCACGGUGGGCAGCCUGCUGGAGGACGAGACCUACACCGUGCGCGUGCUGGCCUUCACCUCCGUGGGCGACGGGCCCCUCUCCGACCCCAUCCAGGUCAAGACGCAGCAGGGAGUGCCCGGCCAGCCCAUGAACUUCCGGGCCGAGGCCAGGUCCGAGACGAGCAUCGGCCUCUCCUGGAGCCCCCCACGGCAGGAGAGCAUCGUCAAGUACGAGCUCCUGUUCCGGGAAGGCGACCACGGCAGAGAGGUCGGGAGGACCUUCGACCCGGCCACGGCGUUCGUGGUGGAGGACCUCAAGCCCAACACGGAGUACGCCUUCCGCCUGGCGGCACGCUCCCCGCAGGGCCUGGGCGCCUUCACCUCGGUGGUGCGGCAGCGCACGCUGCAGUCCAAACCGUCUGCCCCCCCUCAAGAUGUUAAGUGUGUCAGCACACGCUCCACGGCCAUUUUGGUAAGUUGGCGCCCGCCACCGCCGGACACACACAACGGGGCCCUGGUGAGCUAUAGCGUCCGCUACCGACCGCUGGGCUCGGAGGACCCGCAACCCAAGGAGGUGAACGGCAUCCCCCCGACCACCACUCAGAUCCUGCUGGAGGCACUGGACAAGUGGACGGAGUACCGCAUCACCACGGUCGCUCACACCGAGGUGGGACCGGGGCCCGAGAGCUCGCCCGUGGUCGUCCGCACCGACGAGGACGUGCCCAGCGCGCCGCCGCGGAAGGUGGAGGCGGAGGCGCUCAACGCCACGGCCAUCCGCGUGCUGUGGCGCUCGCCCUUGCCCGGCCGGCAGCACGGCCAGAUCCGCGGCUACCAGGUCCACUACGUGCGCAUGGAGGGCGCCGAGGCCCGCGGGCCGCCGCGCAUCAAGGACGUCAUGCUGGCCGACGCCCAGGAGAUGGUCAUCACAGACCUGCAGCCUGAGACCACCUACUCCGUCACUGUGGCCGCCUACACUAUGAAAGGCGAUGGCGCGCGCAGCAAACCCAAGGUGGUCGUGACCAAGGGAGCAGUGCUGGGCCGCCCCACCCUGUCGGUGCAGCAGACCCCCGAGGGCAGCCUGCUGGCACGCUGGGAGCCCCCCGCCGGCACCACCGCGGACCAGGUCCUGGGCUACCGCCUGCAGUUCGGCCGAGAGGACGCGUCGCCCCUGGCCACGCUGGAGUUCCCGCCCACGGAGGACCGCUACACGGCGUCGGGCGUGCACAAGGGGGCCACGUACGUGUUCCGGCUGGCGGCCCGGAGCCGCGGCGGCCUGGGCGAGGAGGCGGCGCAGGAGCUGAGCAUCCCGGAGGACACGCCCCGCGGCCACCCGCAGAUCCUGGAGGCCGCGGGCAACGCCUCGGCCGGCACCGUGCUGCUGCGCUGGCUGCCCCCCGUGCCCGCGGAGCGCAACGGCGCCAUCGUCAAGUACACCGUGGCGGUCCGGGAGGCGGGCGCCCCGGGCCCCGCCCGGGAGACUGAGCUGCCGGCGGCGGCCGAGCCGGGCGCCGAGAACGUGCUCACGCUGCGGGGCCUCAAGCCCGACACGGCCUAUGACCUCCAAGUGCGGGCCCACACGCGCCGGGGCCCCGGCCCCUACAGCCCCCCCGUCCGCUACCGGACGUUCCUGCGGGACCAAGUCUCGCCCAAGAACUUCAAGGUGAAGAUGAUCAUGAAGACGUCCGUGCUGCUCAGCUGGGAGUUCCCGGACAACUACAACUCGCCCACCCCCUAUAAGAUCCAGUACAACGGGCUCACCCUGGACGUGGACGGCCGCACCACCAAGAAGCUCAUCACGCACCUCAAGCCCAACACCUUCUACAACUUCGUGCUGACCAACCGCGGCAGCAGCCUGGGCGGCCUGCAGCAGACGGUCACGGCCUGGACCGCCUUCAACCUGCUCAGCGGCAAGCCCAGUGUGGCCCCCAAGCCCAACGCCGAUGGAUUCAUCCUGGUGUACCUUCCCGACGGCCAGAGCCCCGUGCCCGUCCAGAGCUACUUCAUCGUGAUGGUGCCGCUGCGCAAGGCCCGUGGCGGCCAGUUCCUGCCCCCGCUGGGCAGCCCGGAGGACAUGGACCUGGAGGAGCUCAUCCAGGACAUCGCCCGGCUGCAGAGGCGCAGCCUGCGGCACUCGCGCCAGCUCGAGGCGCCCCGGCCCUACAUCGCCGCCCGCUUCUCGGCGCUGCCGCCCACCUUCCAGCCCGGCGACCAGAAGCAGUACGGCGGCUUCGACAACAGAGGCCUGGAGCCCGGCCACCGCUACGUCCUCUUCGUGCUCGCCGUGCUGCAGAAGAGCGAGCCCACCUUCGCGGCCAGCCCCUUCUCAGACCCCUUCCAGCUGGACAACCCGGACCCCCAGCCCAUCGUGGACGGCGAGGAGGGGCUCAUCUGGGUGAUCGGGCCGGUGCUGGCCGUGGUCUUCAUCAUCUGCAUCGUCAUCGCCAUCCUGCUCUACAAGAAUAAACGCAAGGACUCGGAGCCCCGCACCAAAUGCCUGCUGAACAACGCCGACCUCGCCCCACACCACCCCAAGGACCCCGUGGAAAUGAGGCGCAUUAACUUCCAGACGCCAGGCAUGCUUAGCCACCCGCCGAUCCCCAUCUCAGACAUGGCGGAGCACACGGAGCGCCUCAAGGCCAAUGACAGCCUCAAGCUCUCCCAGGAGUACGAGUCCAUUGACCCGGGCCAGCAGUUCACGUGGGAGCAUUCCAACCUGGAAGUGAACAAGCCCAAGAACCGCUACGCCAACGUCAUCGCCUACGACCACUCCCGCGUCAUCCUCCAGCCCAUCGAAGGCAUUGUGGGCAGCGAUUACAUCAACGCCAACUACGUGGACGGCUACCGCCGGCAGAACGCGUACAUCGCCACGCAGGGGCCGCUGCCCGAGACCUUCGGGGACUUCUGGCGCAUGGUGUGGGAGCAGCGCUCGGCCACCAUCGUCAUGAUGACCCGGCUGGAGGAGAAAUCGCGGAUCAAAUGUGACCAGUACUGGCCCAACAGGGGCACGGAGACCUACGGCUUCAUCCAGGUGACGCUGCUGGACACCAUCGAGCUGGCCACGUUCUGCGUGCGGACCUUCUCCCUGCACAAGAACGGCUCCAGCGAGAAGCGGGAAGUCCGCCAGUUCCAGUUCACGGCGUGGCCGGACCACGGGGUGCCCGAGUACCCCACCCCCUUCCUGGCUUUCCUGCGGAGAGUCAAGACCUGCAACCCCCCGGACGCCGGCCCCGUGGUGGUCCACUGCAGCGCCGGGGUGGGCCGCACGGGCUGCUUCAUCGUCAUCGACGCCAUGCUGGAGCGCAUCAAGCCGGAGAAGACGGUGGACGUGUACGGCCACGUGACGCUCAUGCGGUCCCAGCGCAACUACAUGGUGCAGACGGAGGACCAGUACAGCUUCAUCCACGAGGCGCUGCUGGAGGCUGUGGGCUGCGGCAACACCGAGGUGCCCGCCCGCAGCCUCUACGCCUACAUCCAGAAGCUGGCCCAGGUGGAGCCCGGCGAGCACGUCACCGGCAUGGAGCUCGAGUUCAAGCGGCUGGCCAACUCCAAAGCCCACACGUCCCGCUUCAUCAGUGCCAAUCUGCCUUGUAACAAGUUCAAGAACCGCCUGGUCAACAUCAUGCCCUACGAGAGCACGCGAGUCUGCCUGCAGCCCAUCCGGGGCGUGGAGGGCUCCGACUACAUCAACGCCAGCUUCAUCGACGGCUACAGGCAGCAGAAGGCCUACAUCGCCACGCAGGGGCCGCUGGCGGAGACCACGGAGGACUUCUGGCGCAUGCUGUGGGAAGACAACUCCACCAUCGUGGUGAUGCUCACCAAGCUGCGGGAGAUGGGCCGGGAAAAGUGUCACCAGUACUGGCCGGCCGAGCGCUCCGCCCGCUACCAGUACUUCGUGGUGGAUCCGAUGGCAGAGUACAACAUGCCCCAGUACAUCCUGCGGGAGUUCAAGGUCACGGACGCCCGGGACGGCCAGUCCCGGACCGUCCGGCAGUUCCAGUUCACGGACUGGCCGGAGCAGGGCGUGCCCAAGUCCGGGGAGGGCUUCAUCGACUUCAUCGGCCAGGUGCACAAGACCAAGGAGCAGUUCGGGCAGGACGGCCCCAUCUCCGUCCACUGCAGCGCCGGCGUGGGCCGGACCGGCGUGUUCAUCACGCUCAGCAUCGUGCUGGAGCGGAUGCGGUACGAGGGGGUGGUCGACAUCUUCCAGACGGUGAAGAUGCUGCGGACCCAGCGGCCGGCCAUGGUGCAGACGGAGGACGAGUACCAGUUCUGCUACCAGGCCGCCCUGGAGUACCUGGGAAGCUUUGACCACUAUGCAACCUAA